UGUCGAUGUCAAUGUGUCUGUCCUUCACUCCUCCAUUGUCUGCUGCCGCCGUUGCUGCUGCUGCUGCCACUGCCGCUGCCGGAAUCGCCGCAGCCUCCAGCCUCGCGCGUCGCCGCUACCUCCUCAGACAGAAAUUUUAUGAAUAAGCAUCAGAAGCCAGUGCUAACAGGCCAGCGGUUCAAAACUCGGAAAAGGGAUGAAAAAGAGAAAUUCGAACCCACAGUCUUCCGGGAUACACUCGUCCAGGGACUUAAUGAAGCUGGCGAUGACCUUGAAGCUGUAGCCAAGUUUCUAGACUCCACGGGCUCAAGAUUAGAUUAUCGUCGCUAUGCAGACACACUCUUCGAUAUCCUGGUGGCUGGCAGUAUGCUUGCCCCUGGAGGAACACGCAUAGAUGAUGGUGACAAGACCAAGAUGACCAACCACUGUGUGUUUUCAGCAAAUGAAGAUCAUGAAACCAUCCGUAACUAUGCUCAGGUCUUCAAUAAACUCAUCAGGAGAUAUAAAUAUUUGGAAAAGGCGUUUGAGGAUGAAAUGAAAAAGCUUCUCCUCUUCCUUAAAGCCUUUUCUGAAACAGAGCAGACCAAGUUGGCAAUGCUCUCAGGCAUCCUGCUGGGCAACGGCACCCUUCCUGCCACCAUCCUCACCAGUCUGUUCACCGACAGCUUAGUCAAAGAAGGCAUUGCAGCCUCAUUUGCUGUCAAACUUUUUAAAGCAUGGAUGGCAGAAAAAGAUGCCAACUCUGUUACCUCUUCUUUGAGAAAAGCCAAUUUAGACAAAAGGCUGCUGGUGGUGCUGUAUGUUAAAGAAGAAAUGAAGAGGAAUGAUCUUCCAGAAACAGCAGUAAUUGGCCUUCUGUGGACCUGUAUAAUGAAUGCUGUUGAAUGGAACAAGAAGGAAGAACUGGUCGCAGAGCAGGCUCUCAAGCACCUGAAGCAAUAUGCUCCCCUGCUGGCUGUGUUCAGCUCCCAAGGCCAGUCAGAGCUGAUCCUCCUCCAAAAGGUGCAGGAAUACUGUUACGACAAUAUCCAUUUCAUGAAAGCCUUUCAGAAGAUCGUGGUUCUCUUCUAUAAAGCUGAUGUGCUGAGUGAAGAAGCAAUAUUGAAGUGGUACAAAGAAGCACAUGUUGCCAAAGGCAAAAGUGUUUUUCUUGACCAGAUGAAGAAGUUUGUUGAGUGGUUACAAAAUGCAGAGGAAGAGUCUGAAUCAGAAGGUGAGGAAAAUUAGAUGCUCAAGCAAGAAGCACAAUACCUAGGUCACCACACAACACUUUGGGAAUGCUGAACCAUUUGAGAAGAGAAACUUGGCUUCUGUUUUCACAAAGGAAAUAAAGAAUAGAGUAGGCUUCCCUGUACAGAGGGGGAAAUGGUUUUUGUUUUUGUUUUGUUUUUAUAUGGAGCCCUGAGGCAUCAGCUAUUAUACUUGGGACUCUACCUCUCACUCACUAUAUGCUAACUCAAAGCCAUUCAACAGGAGUCAAGUAGGAAUCUGAAAUUAAGUACUCAACAGACUCCUCUUUUUUAGCUGUAUUUUUCAGGUACUGUGUGGUGAAUGCCCCACUGGUGUCUAUUCCAGGGCCACUGUGGUAGUUGUGUACUGCUCGUGUAUAUGAUUUGACAAACCAGUUUUUUUUUUAAAUAAAUGGCUUUUUA